AUGUCCAUCGACCUGAACUGGGAGACUCUGACGACGGGGCCCGAUGGCGACGCCUUGGCCCUUCGCAUCCGGGAUUUCAUCCACGAUAAAUUCCAAACGAUAAAAUUGCCCCGUUUCCUGAAAUCCGUCACCGUCCACGCCUUCGAGUUUGGCUCCGUUCCGCCGGAGCUGGAAUUGAAGGACAUUACGGAUCCUCUGCCCGACUUUUACGAGGCGGAGAUGGAGGACGACGAAGAGGACGAGGAGGAUUACUUGCGGGGGCUCGGGGCUGGCGACGAGCUCUACAGAAGACCUGGGCCCCCUCCGGAACGCGUCGCAGAGCUCUGUGUCGGAGCCGGAUUUUGUGUCGUCUCUCGCGCCGCCGGCGGGGCCCUGCGCGAGAAGUCGAGCGUGUCCACGCUGGCGCCGACGUCGGCGGGGCAGUCUAGGCCGCCGACCAGAGAUGCUAUGCUGUCCGGGUCGGCCAUUGCGGAAGAGGACGACGAGGAGGAGGAGGAGGAAGGCGACGACGUCGACAACCGGGGACCGCAGGAGUCGCCGCCCAUUGCGGAGACGCGCACCUUGAGGGAGCCGAGGGUGGAGGAUAUGCAGGCUGUGUUCCGCAUCAAGUACGCGGGCGACAUCAAGCUGCGGCUAACGGCCCUCAACAUUACGGGGCUCACGUUUGACGGGGUGGGCGUGCUCGCCUACAUACGCAAGAGGGUGCACUUUUGCUUCCUGAGCCCCGAGGACGCGCUGACGGCCGUGGGGCUCGAGGCGGGCGAGGAGGAAGGCGAGGGGAGAAAGGCCAAGUUUGGCGGCUUGCUGCAGGAGGUCAAGGUGGAGAGCGAGAUUGGGGAGAGGGAGGCGGGGAGGCAGAGCCUGAAGAACGUGGGCAAGGUGGAACGGUUUGUUCUGGAGCAGGUGAGGAGGAUAUUCGAGGAAGAGUUUGUGUACCCGAGUUUUUGGACCUUUUUAGUUUGA